AGAAUGGCGCCGUAAUGAAAACAGCUGAUAUGUGUUAGCAGAGAAUGUUAAAUAAUCAUUAACAUUCUGUGGUCUUAGGUGUACAAUACUAAAACAAAAUAAAUAAUUGAAAGACCUAGAAUUAGAAUAAUAAUAUUAAUAAAUAACGUUUGGAGUAUAUAGAGUGUCUCACAUUAUUCAAUGGCGUCGAGGGAUAGUCGAAAAGAUUGUUUGGCUUGUCGUUUAAUUAGUGGGUUUGGACUAAUCGCAAUGGGAGCAUAUAUUUUUUCACAAUCUAAAAAUCGUAAAAAAAUUGAAAUGAACACUAUGCGUUUGAUUUCGGGAAGUGUGGUGUUCUUAGGUUUGGCACGACUAACUAACGCAAGCUUUUUGAAAUCAAGUAAUUCCGACGUCUAGUUGUGACAACGAAGAGUUUCAGUUUUAUUGAGAAUUUCUUACUUUUUCAUUAGAUAGUAAUCUUUAUAUAAGAUAAUCCUAAUGUAUCUAUGUUUACAUUCGCAUAACACAAUUUUAUGUAUGUAUGUAUACAAAUACUGAAUCUGUACAAAUAAGCACUAAAUAAUUGUGCCUGAUAUUUCCACUCUUUAUAACAAGUAAAAUAAAAACAACUUUUGUUAAAAUACAA